AUGAAGUCUUUCCUUACAGCUCUUACCUUCGUCACGGCGGCGCUGGCAGCCGGCCGCACCUCGGCCCCUUCUGGAUGCCUGACUGUCAAGAAGUCUGGCGGUCAAUACAACACCAUCCAGAAGGCCGUCGACGCCCUUUCCACCACCGCCUCGGCCAAGCAAUGCAUCUUCAUUGACCAGGGCACCUACAACGAGCAGGUUCUCGUCCCCGAGCGGACGGCUCAGCUCACCAUCUACGGUUACACGGCCGACACGAGCAGCUACGCCGGCAACAAGGUGACCAUCACUGCCAAGAAGAGCCAGGCCGACGGCCUCAACAACGACGCCACCGCCACCCUCCGCAUCAAGGCCAAGAACUUCAAGCUCUACAACGUCAACGUCGCCAACACCUACGGCAAGGGCAGCCAAGCCGUGGCUCUCAGCGCUUACGCCGACAGCGCCUACUACGCCAGCUCCUUCACCGGUUUCCAGGACACCCUCCUCGCCCAGCAGGGUAACCAGCUGUACUCCAAGUGCAUCAUCCUGGGCGCUACGGACUUCAUUUUUGGACAGAAGGCCAUGGCCUGGUUCGAGAAGUGCGACCUUCGUGUUGUGUCUGCCUCUGUCGGCUAUGUCACUGCCAACGGCCGCGCCAACUCGUCCUACAAGUCAGAGUACGUCUUCAACAGCUGCAACAUUGCAGCCGCCUCUGGAAACACCGUUGCCGCCGGUGCUUUCUACCUCGGCCGCCCCUGGGGCUCCUACGCCCAGGUCGUCUUCCAAAAGACUACCAUGUCCGACGUCAUCAACUCCGCGGGCUGGAAGCAGUGGAACGAUGGCGACCCUCGCACCGGCAACGUCCUCUUUGGAGAGUUCCAGAACACCGGCAUCGGAUCCCAGGGCAAGCGCGCCAGCUUCUCGAAGAAGCUCAGCGCUGCGGUCACCCCCGCCAGCAUUCUGGGCAGUAGCUACACCAGCGCCGGGUACUACGAUGCGUCUUACAUGUAA